UUAUGUCAUAUACUCAUAUAAACAUUGUAACUAUGGAAAAUAUAAAAACAGAUAAUAAUCUCUACAUAUUUUAUAAACUAAACAUAAAACAAUUAUUGUUACAAGUAUUUUGUUUAUUCAAAUAUUGAAAUAUGUAAUUAAAUAUACAUGCUACAUGCAUAUAGGUACAUUUAAAUUAAACGUAGGUAGUAGGUACCAAUUAUUGGCUAGGCUAUGUGUUUAUUGAAAAAUAUGUAUUCGGAAUUCAGAUUUUAGACAUCAUCUAUAGACAGAAGCGCCCUAAAAUACAUUUGAUUUCAGGCCUUCGACCUUCAGGGGACACACUUAUUAAUUUAACUGUUACCUAUCUUUGGGCUUUAACAGAUUUCUAUAGCAAUAAGCUAACCUAACUGUCCUAACUUAAUCAUUGAUUAAAUACAUAUACCGAAUAUUUAUAAAUUAUAAAAUACAUGUAUAUAUUAUAUUUAUGAAUUAUAAUUUAUAAUCAUUGUUAUAAUACUGCAUGGUUACCUGGCUUAUGACUUUUAGAGUUGGUAAUUAGUAAUUACUAUUUAUUAAUCAUUCAACUAUUCUUUUUUAUAAUAACUAUCAUUUAAAUUUAGUUAGGUAGCGACUAGCGGCUAACGAAUUAGCGAUUUAAAUGUUUUAUAGGUUUAUUAUUUAUUAUUUAUUUUAUUGUCUAAUAUAUUAUUGUUUUAGUAUUGUUGGAAAGUCGGUCUAGAAGAAUGAAGAUGAUUCUUAAAUAUAAACAUAGAUAGAGCGCUAUACAUAUUUGCUAUUUCCCCUUUUAGCAUUUUCGUGUUACUUAGAAACCUUAUAAUCAGUAAUCACGGACGUAUAUAUUAUUAUGUAUAUUAUACCUAUGUAGUAUGUACGUCCAUGCUUAUAAUAUUAAAGCACUAUACUAUAUCUAUACUCUUUAGAACCUUCAUAAUAUUAUAAUUAUUGAUUUUCCAUAUUAAAUGUUUUGUUGUUUUGAUAUCAAAACUAUAAUAUUUGUGAAUACCUAUUACCACAGAACACGAGUGUUCCAUAGUGUUCUAUACUUCUAUGCAGUAUUGCAGUAUGCUAUUACCUAGUGUGAUUGUGUGAAUUGUAAAGCAAAUUCGUUCAAGUUUGUUCUUUGUAUUAAUAUUAUUAUAUUUUGUAAACGUUUGAUAUUUUCAGUUAGUAUCUACUUAAAUGACAAAAUAUUUUUAUUCAAUUCCAAACUGCAACACUGCCAACAAUCAAAUUGUUGAUACAUCACUCUACUGUAUUAUUGCAUAUAUAAAUACAUUAGAUCAUUAGACAUAUGAGUAUGUUAUAUUAAUUAUGAUUGUUUAAAACCAAAUACAAUUUAACAUUGUUGUGAAUUAAAUCACUAUCAGGUUAAAAUAAUGAAAUAUUAAAAUUGCAAAUCAAAUUGUUUUGAAUUUACACAUCAAUAACAACCAAUAGAUAUUAUAUAUCAAUAUGGACACAAUGUACUCAAAUAUUGACUUUCAUUUAUUUUCGAAUAAACAAAAUAAAAGUAUUGAGAACCGAGUAAAUAAAUACUCCACAAAUAUUAUUCUAUCGAAUUGUACUGAUGAAACUGUUAAUAGUUUUAAUAAGCGUACAUUAAAAAAAAAUUCAAACUCACAAUUUCAGAACACUAAUAACAAUUUUUGUAGUGUUAUUGGUGCUCCUAUAAUAUCUAAGAACACAAUUGAAAGUAACAAUAAUUUAAAUAAUGAUGAAACCAAUACUUAUAAAAACAUUGAAAAUGAUGAAAUUCAUACUGCAACAGAAAACAAAAAUGUUCAUUUGAAAACCACAGAUAAAAGGCAAAAAAAUAUAUCAUUUUCAAAUGAAAAAUUAUGGGAAAUUAAUAGGGUUAAUCAAAUCCUACAUAAUAAAAUUACUAAUGGAGUGAAACCUACUUAUACGAGGGUAAAUCCUUCUAUAUCAUUAGUUAAAGCAACAUCAACAAUUAAUCGAGAGAGAAAAAAUAAAGAUAUUGUUAAGGAGAAUGAAAUCCUAGCCAAGAAGUUGAGGAAUGUAAGGUCAACCAUCUUUAAGUAAAUUGAAGUUAUUAAUCCAACACUGGAUUUUGUGAACAAGACUAAAUUUAUAUUUACUCAUACAAAUUAUAUAAUGUGUAAAUUAACAAUUAUACAUAGAUUGAUACUUAAGUUUAUUUUAUUUCUACUUCAAAUUAAUAUUGUAACAUUUGUAACGCAAACUUUCUUUUCUAAAUACAUAUAAUUAAAUAAAAAUAUUGUCAUUAAUAAAUUUAAUAAUAUUUAACAAUACAAUGUAGCUAUAAUAUGAUUUAAAAUUAUUAAACUCAGUUUUCAUAAAAUUUUAA